AUGGCUAGAAAAAAUGAUACCUCCCUGACUGAGUUCAUCCUGAUGGGAUUGGCAGAAUCCAUGGAGGAACAGUUUAUUCUCUUUUUGCUAUUUUUUCUGAUUUACACACUUACAGUUCUGGGUAAUGUUGGGAUGAUACUCCUAAUCAGAAUUGAUUCCAGACUUCACAUACCCAUGUAUUUUUUCCUGGCUAACCUGUCCUUUGUGGACAUUUGUUAUUCAUCCACCAUCACCCCAAAGAUGCUGGUAGAUUUAUUAUCUGAGAAGAAAAUUAUCACCUUUGCUGGCUGCUUCCUGCAGAUGUACUUCUUCAUUGCCUUGGGAACAACUGAAUGCAUCCUCUUUGGGUUAAUGGCCUAUGACCGUUAUGUGGCCAUAUGCAACCCACUGGGUUACACCUUAGUCAUGUCCAGGACAGUAUGCGUGAAGAUGGCAGUUGGGGCUUUUGCAGCAGGAUUGUUGAACUCCAUGGUUAACACCAGUUAUGUAAGCAGUUUGCCAUUCUGUGGUUCCAAUAUUAUCCAUCACUUCUUCUGUGACAGCCCCCCAAUUUUUAAGCUCUCUUGUUCUGACACCAGCAUGAAUGAAAGCAUCUUUUCCACUUUUGCUGGUGUGAAUAUGGUUGGGGCUCUGCUGAUCAUUCUUACCUCCUAUUCCUAUAUUCUCAUCUCCAUCUUUCGUAUGCAUUCAGGGGAGGGGGGGCGUAAAGCAUUCUCAACUUGUGCCUCCCACUUGACAGCUAUAAUUCUGUUCUAUGCCACCUCUAUCUAUAUAUAUCUGAGACCCAGUUCCAGCUACUCUCUGAAUCAGGACAAAGUGGUUUCUGUGUUCUACACAGUGGUGAUCCCCAUGUUGAAUCCCCUGAUAUAUAGCCUCAGGAAUAAGGAAGUAAAGAAAGCCUUAUGGAAUGCAAUUAUCAGAAAAAGAAUCCCUUCAUUUCUGUGCUUGUUUUGUUAA